CCACUACUUUCGGUUCGUAUUCCAAACAUUGGCUUAGAGAUGGGUGUAGCGGCUAUUGAAUCCGAUGCAUUUACCGGGACUGGUGCUCAUCCGUGAGCGACUUGCCCUCCUUCAAAUACAACCAUGGCCUCGGAUGAGAAAUCGCUAUCGCCAGCCCCGACGUCACUCAAGUGUCGAGUACUCAGUCCUCUAAACCGUCGAAGGCAUACAGAUCAUUGCUAUGGGUUGGAAGAACGUUGCCACUAUUGUCCCAGGGCGGUUGUUUAUGGGCAACCUUGUAUCUGCUCAGUCUACGCGGGCUCUCAGUGAACGUCGCAUCACGCACAUCAUCAGCGUCUGCACAGAACCUAUUCCUGCCGAGCAUCCACAGUCCGGGAUCCGACACCUUCGUAUUCCUGUGCAGGAUGUGGAACAUGCCGAUCUCCUUAUUUGGCUUCCUCACGCCUGUAGGUUCAUCGACGAUGCACUCCGGAGCGGCGGUGUCAUCCUUGUUCACGGAGUCUACGGUCUAUCGCGCAGCGCAACCGUUGUGGCCGCAUACUUGAUGUGGUCCCAGCACAUGGGGUCAGCCCAAGCCCUAGACAGCGUUAGGCGUGCUGCUCGCGAACAGAUAUGGCCCAACGCCGGAUUCCAGGAGCAGUUAUCCAUAUUUGAGAUGUGCCGAUAUGCUCCGUCUAACACCGAGGGCAUCUACGUUCGUUGGCGUCAGCAGGUCGACCGCCGCUUGCAAGAGCGGGGUCACCAAUAGAUUGUUGUAACGAACGUACCUUCGACAGUCAUCAUACUAGAAAAAGCUCACAUCUGAGCCUUCCUUCGCUCUUUUUUGUAUUUACCAUCAUCUUGGUCCUCCUCCACGCAGUCUGCUCUUUCCCUUGCUAUCGCCUAUGUUUUGUAUCAC